CCGCAACUAAGCGUCUAGUAAGGCCCGUGUUGAACCCGGAAGCGUUCAUGCGUAGCUUUGAAAACAUAUUUGCGUGAAUCAAACACUCAAAUCGAUAAGAGCUCGCGUGAGGACACUUUUUGAAGCAGUUAUUUUUACCUAACCACAUACAUUUAUCCUUAACCAUGGAUGAUCAUAUGGAAAUAAGCUCCACGACACCUUCUUACGGCGUUCAGAAUGAAGAUCAAAAAUUCGAAAGAGAUCAGCACGUGAACUCGCUGGUGGAUUUGAGCAGAGAAGCAGCGGCACAUGUACAAGAGGAGGAUGAUAUUUUAGAUCUGGCCGGAGGAGCGAAAGAUGCGAUCGAGAGGCACCGGUCCACACUGCGACGUACCGAGGAGCCACUGUUGGACUUAAAGCAGCCAGAACCAUCAACAACCACCUCUGAUCCAAAACCAGAAGCGGUGACACCAGCACCGAUCAGUGCAUUUGGUGAUGCAACAACAAAACAGACGAAAACAGAGGAAAAAGAAGAAAAAACAACAGUCACACCAUCUAAACCUGAAUCUAAAACUUCAUCAGUGGUGGACCUGCUGUAUUGGCGAGAUCUGCAGAGGACGGGGGUGGUGUUUGGAGCCAGUCUGUUCCUGCUGUUGUCCCUCAGCGUGUGUAGUAUUAUCAGUGUCUGCUCCUACAUCGCACUCGCUCUGCUGUCUGUCACCAUCUCCUUCAGGAUAUACAAGGGGAUUUUACAGGCCAUUCAGAAGUCGGCGGAUGGACACCCCUUCAAGAUGUAUCUGGAUAAGGAUAUCACAAUCCCGACGGAGAUGGUCCAUAAGUACAGUGAUGCUACUCUGGGGCACAUCAACACUGGCAUCAGGGAGCUGCGACGGCUCUUUCUGGUGGAGGAUCUGGUGGACUCGCUCAAGUUUGCAGUUCUCAUGUGGAUCCUGACCUAUAUUGGUGCCUUGUUCAACGGUCUCACCAUCCUUAUUUUGGGUCUCAUUGGUGCUUUCAGUUGGCCAGUCAUCUAUGAAAAACAUCAGGCACAAAUUGACCAUUACUAUGGACUGGUGAACAAGCAAAUCAAAGAUAUUGUGGGAAAGAUCCAGGCCAAGAUUCCCGGUGCGAAGCCAAAGACAGAGUGAAGAAAGUUAGACUGUUUUCUGUGCAUGAAAUGUGAUUAAUGGUGGAACAAGAGAUGUGAUGGACAGAAAGAAUCGUGUUUUGAUUUAAGAAAAAAGGCCUUAGACGAUGCAAUGUAAACCUUUCCCCUCCCCCAGUGUUUGAAAUCUUGGCAUAACCGAGAAUUUGAAUCAUUUUUUAAACCACUUAUCAGUUGCUUUCACAAGGAGUCUUCACUGUCUUUAAACAUGGAGAGCUAGAUCUAUUUUGAAAGGAAACGCAGAUGGAUAUCUGCGAAAUACGCACCAUUGCAAUAUGUAGAUACGCACCAUUGCAAAAUGUAGUCUGAGGAGCUGACGUUGAUGAAGGCAGGAUUUGAUGAGGUCUUUUCGUUUAAUAUUCGGUCAGUGAGUGUUCACCUUGUUUGAAGGUGACUGUACGAUAAAAGUGAAUUCUUUGUUACGAAGUUCCUUCAAGUCUUUGUUUUUAGCCUUUUUUUGUUUGUGUUGGCGUGAUAGAACACAGUGGUGUUGUGAUGUAACUGUUAAUAUUGAGGAAAUUAAAUCAUUAAAGAGGCUUCUAGUGUCUUGUAGCAGUUUUAUUUCGCACAGGGAUCGGUUACAUCAUAUUACACCUUUUAUAUCCAUUGAAGUUUUUAGCUGUUUAGUGAAAAAAAUAAAGGCCUGUCUCAUCACCACCUUGUCUUGUCAGAAUCAACCGGCAUUAGCAGAAUUCGCCAUCGCCCUCAUAGAUCGAAUACCUGAAACGGCAAAUGCUUUUUAAGAACUCGCAAAUUUCAAGCACUGUUUUUCAUGCAGGUCAUUGUAAAUUGUAACUCUGUUUUGAUGAAAAUAUGCUAAAGAAUGUCUGUGGAAUGCAUUGUGAAAUAUAAGCCAAUAAAGCUUGUAGACAAACUUGUUUUUGUUUUUUGUGGGUGCCAAUACAUCAGUGAUUCCCAACCAGGGGUACGCGUAAUCUAAAACCGAAUUUAUGACUUUAAAAUUGGGUUCAAUUAAACUAGGAUUAAAACUGAUUGUAAAACUACAGUACUACUAAUGGAUUAAAAUGACAUAUAGCUGUAAUUAAUAUAGUUAAUGAAAUGUGUUGCUUCCAUUUAAUAUAUUUCUGUGACUGGAUGACAUUUGA